AUGCUACCUUCUACAGGUUAUUUUAAAGCAAUCAAUUGUCCUUUUUACGAUAGUGGUCUGUGUGAACGGCCCUAUUGUCAUUUUCGUCAUGUUAAAAAAGAACCCCAAAACAUUUGUUCCGAUGGUAUUGAAAGUGGAGAAAUCCUUCAAAAAUUAGUGUCAGCUGCCGUUCAGAAAGUUUUACAGCAAACAGAAACAGGUCCUACUUCAUCAACGCAAGUAAAUAUUUCUGAAAAAGACGACUUACAACCAGCAGCCUCUAAAGCUACUUACAACCCGACGCCGAUAUCAGAACUCAAUAAAAUAAAUAAUACAGAUUUAGAAAAUAAUGAGGAUAUAAAUGAACAAAAAAAAAGACAUAUACCAGUACCCUACACUCCACGAAAACCAGCCAGUAUACCUAUCAAAAGGCCCGUAGAUACUAACGGAUCAAAAUUAUUUACGUAUACACUACCUGUUAAAUAUACUCCAGGGUCGGAAACAGUACAACUUGAUCCAUAUUCUCCAAAAGGUGCAACAGAAUCCAAUGAAAAAUACUUACCUGGUUCAGAGACUACAAUACCAGAAUACACUCCUAAUGAAACACAAAGUUCUAAACUAAAUUAUGUUCCCACUGACAAAAAUGUAAAUAAAAAAAAAGUAUUAGAAUAUAAGCCAGUAAAACUUACACCUCAAGUGCCAUCACUAAAAUACCAGCCAACACCAAAGUCACUAGUCCCUUGUUUUUCAAGUGACGAGGAUGAACCAGAUACUAAAAAGAUAAGAAUUUCAAAUGAUCUUAAUGGGUUAGAUGACCUAGGACCUGAGUUUGACAUAUUAGAUCAAAUUCUUGAUGAAGAAAAAAAUAACAAAGAUGUUAAAAACGUUACACAAAAAAGUUCUAAAGAAAGCAAAGAAAGUGCAAAAGAUAAGAAGAACAAAAUAAGUACAGCAUACAAGAACAGGCCUAAAACUAACCAAUCCAGCAACAGUAAAUCAAAUAAAGAAAGGUCAGAUAAAAAAGAAGAUAAAAAAUCUAAAGAAAAAUCCAAAGAAAAAAUAGAUGAGAAGGGAAGUAAAGAUAGAAACUCAAGUUCUGAUAAAAAACCCAGGCAUAAAAGUUCUAGUAAAGAUAGAAGUAAAUCAGACAGGAAAGAUAAAUCAGACAAGAAAUCUCAUUCAAGAGAUAAAAAUACUGAUAAAAGUUCUAAACAUUCUAGUAGUUCAACAAAGCAUUUGAAAUAUGACAAAAAAGCGAAACAUGAAGUUAGACAUAAUGAUAGCAGCCAUCACAAAAAACACAAUCAUUCUAAAGAAUCAAAAGAUAAAAGGGAUAAUCAUAAAAGGCAAAGUGAAAAAGAAAAAACAAAGAUCAUAUCUGAUGAUGAUGAUAAUCAUGACUAUGAAGAUGAGCUUAAUGAAUUAUCUGAAUCAGAUGAGGAUGCCAUUGCUGAAGAAUGUAAAAGAAUUUUUGAAGAAUAUGUUCCUGUACAGAAAUCACAACAGAAAGAUGAUAUUGAUAAAUCGGAAAAGGAGCCAGAUAAUGAAGAAUAUAUAAUACCUAGUAAAAAAAGGAUAUCAAGAACAAUUGAUAAGAAUAUAAAAGUUAUACCUAAAGCUCCUAUUAAACCUGAUUUCAAAGUGAAUGCAGCACAAGCCAUGGCUGAGAGACUAGCUAAAGUUAGAGAAUUUCAUGCUUCUAAAACUUCUUCGGAUGCUGUUAUUUCUACUAAUAUUUUAAAGCCAGAACUUAAUAAAACGAUUUUUGGUACACCCCCUAGUAACACUAACUCUAAAAUUCGUAUUGCUCAUGUUCCAUAUGCAUCAACAUUAUUGUCAGCAAAAAAAGGUAUUGCCCCUAAGAAUGCUCCUUCAGAUGCUGAUCCGUCCACUAGUAGCACCAUUAUGCAAACUGUUAAGAAGGGUGUCCAGAGGGUAGCGCAUAUUCCCAAUGAAAAAUUCAUAGAUAGACCAGGUGUAUUAGAACCAUUGGGUUCAAAAAUUCCAGCAAAUAUUAGAUCUACUUACUUAAAUAUGAUGAUUGAUCAUUGCUUAAAUAUUUAUCUUUUACCUACCGAUGCCUAUGCCAGAGCUCAACAUGAAGAAUUAGCAACAAGUAAAAAAUGUUCAACUGUGCAAAUUUAUAAAAAUUCUGCUGUUCUUACAAUAAGUAGAUUAAAGAAAGAACUACAGGAAUGUAAUGGAGUAAAAAAGGCAGGAAAUGAGUCCAGUGCUCAAAAUACCCCACAAAGUGUUCAAAAAAAUACAGCUUCUACUGGAUCAUGGAGCAUAGAAAAUAAAAAUAGAAGAAAUUAUGAGGAUAUGAAGCAAUUUACUGGUUCUAAUUUAUAUAAUAAUAUAAAAAAAUGGAUAUUAACUGAAGAUCAGUUAACGGAAAACGGUUUUCCUAGGCCACAUGGCAGUGGGGAAAAGGGAAGGGCUAUUAUACAUGGGCAAAAUAAGAAAAGUCCACCAAAGGGAUUUAUAAGAACAUGCUGUAGAUGUAAAAAAGAUUAUACUGUAGAUAAAAAAGGAUUUGCAGCUAUCAAAGAAGAAUGUAUAUAUCAUCCGAAUAACAAAUAUAGAGUACGAGGUGAAGUUCGAUACCAAUGUUGUAGUCAAGAUGGCACAUCAGAUGGUUGUUGUAUAGCAUCAAGCCAUGUAUAUGAAUAUGUUGAUUAUGAAAAUUUAAAAGGGUAUGUUAAAACUUUACCUCCUGACACCAUUAUGGAUGAUUAUGGUGUAUAUUCAUUAGAUUGUGAAAUGUGUUACACAACACAUGGGUUAGACUUAACUAGAAUUACUGUAAUUAAUUCUGCUUGUAAAGUAGUUUAUGAGACUCUUAUUAAACCUCUACAUCCAAUUAUUGAUUACAAUACAAGAUAUUCAGGUAUUACAGAAGAACAAAUGUCAGAAGUGAAAACUACUUUGCUAGAAGUACAAGCAACAUUACUUACUAUGUUUAAUAGCAAAACAAUUUUAAUAGGCCAUAGUUUAGAAUCUGAUUUUAAAGCAUUGAAACUUAUUCAUGACACAGUUGUAGAUACAAGUGUUUUGUUUCCUCAUAAAAUGGGUCCACCUUAUAAGAGAGCUCUUAGAAAUCUUUCAUCAGAAUAUUUAAAAAAAAUUAUUCAAAAUUCUGUAGAUGGACAUGACAGUGCUGAAGAUGCCACUGUGUGUAUGGAGCUAAUUCUGUACAAAGUUAAAGAAGACUUAAAAAUGAGG